AUGAAGAACAAUUGCGAUCAUCCUCUCGCAUCUCUAAAUGGAGGAUCGAUGAGUGGAUCAACAAAUUUAACCAUGUCAUCAUCAUUGCCAUCGACUUCAUUUAUGCGAAUGGCAGACUCAUCAAAUAACAAUAAUUCAAAUAAUAACAACAAAACAAAUACUUCAUCCUCCGAAUUGACAUUUGAAAGAAAAGACAUCAGGUCAAGCAGAACAAGCAUUAUCAAUAACACUAACAAUGGAGAUAUGCUAAUCACCCCAAUGUCGUCACAAUCUCAAACUAACUCUCUUGUUAGUUCUGCUCGAAAGAAAAGAAUAUUCACAAUUGAAGGGUCUACUUUUUGGAAGAUAAUGCUCGCGAACAAACAAUAUUUACAUUCAUGUAUGGAUGCACAAAAAACAAUUUGCAUUCCUCCCGAUGAAGAGGUGGAAUAUGUGUUAAAUCAUUUGAAAUAUCCUGCCUCAAAACUUCAAGCAUUUAUCAAGGAUCAUAUUCUCUCAAACUCACCCCUAUUCGUCGGAGAAUACAUUACAGAUCGAGGAAAUCAUCUCAGUGAAAAUAAGGAAAAAUUUGAGAUUUUAGAAAAAGAAAAACGAAAAACCAUAAAUCUUUCUUCUCUCAGUCUUUCCACCAUUAUGGAAGAAGGAGAAAAAGUACAACCUGUAAAUAUACUACAAAGUGGAAAAGGAUUUUCUAAAAAUUUUACUGUACAGGUUUUGAAAGAAGAAACAUGUUACAAUGAUAAUUUUAAACCUUACAAAGUUUUAUUUAUUGACAAGUGUUUAAGUGAUGAAUAUCAGCAAAUAACAGUUGGAGCAUCGUUGCAUGAUCAUUCGACAAAAGUUUCACCAAAGAAGGAUGACCGAUCUAUUGGCAGCAAACAAUGGUCUUCCUCAUCUCCCUCAAGCAUGGAAGAAUACAACUUGUUUUUACAAGAUUGGAAUUUAAAGGCGUACAAUGACAAACUCAAAAGAUCCAUUCAACAUUUUAAUUUUAAUUAUUUGCUUUUGAGAGGAUUUCAUUCUGCUAUUCCUGAUAAAAUUAAGGAAUACUUUGAAGUAAUUUAUAGUGAAUUCAUUUCCUCACAACCACCAACGCCUGAAGAAGAGAAAGACUUGAAAAAUUCCAUUCAUUGUGUGUUGAUGGAUGGUAUUUAUGACAAAUUAUUUCCAUUUCUAGAAAAAUAUGCAUUCAACGAAGAAGACAAGAACUUUUUGGCCAUUUGUGAAGUGAUCGAUGAAGCAUGUUCCAAAUCAGAAAAUAAUGAAUAUGCAGAAUUUGAUCUCUAUGAAAUUUUAAACAUCAGCAAAAGCUUCCAAUGUAACCAAGGUGAUUCCAUAACGUAUUUUUCGAAAUAUUUAAACCUUGCAAGAAAUCCGUUUGAUAAGAUGAAAUGCCUCAAACAAACCACGGAUAAGAUUGUCUCCAGUAUCAAUAGACAGCAGACAAGUAUAAAGACAGAAUUUGUGACAACUGAUGACAUGAUUCCUCUGCUUGCUUAUGUUGUAGUGAAAGCCAAAAUUCCAAAUCUCAUCACUAAUUUCAAUUUUAUGCAAGAUUAUCAAUUGGAAGAAGAGCAUGGGCUGUCAGAAUAUGGUUUUAGCGUCACAACUCUGAAUGCAACCAUUGUGUUUUUGAAAAAUGAAAUUUAUGCUAAUAAUGAGAACAAGUGGAAGAAGUACAAGAAAAAGAAGGCAGAGAAAAGUAAGGAUGCCACAUCAACAAAAUCACAAAAGCCGUUCAAGUUAGAUGUAGAACCUUACUUGGCGUCACCAAUUUCUCCCCUUAGUGGCAGCUCUUCGUCCAUCGAAAAAGACCUUUCUCCAUCAUUGCACACAUUGGACCAUCCCACCGCAGAAGCAAACAAGACUCCCAGUACUCCUCAGGAUGACAUGUCAUCACAACCACCUGUAGAAUCUCAAAACAACCUUUCUGGCUUGUUAAGUCCAAGAGACUCUCGAAGUUUGGCUUUGAAACAAAAAAGACAAGAGGAACGAGAAAAACGCAUGUCGCUUCGAAAACAAGAAUCUAUUGCUGUCAUCAAAAGCUUUGAAAACAAGGUACCAGAAAAGAAAUCGUCAUCGUCCAAUUCGAGCAUCGUACGAUAA